UAAAAACUUUCGUUUCAUUCAGAAUAUUUAUAUAAUUAUGGAUAAUCUCUGCUCUUGGCUUCAGUUUCACUCUCACUGCUGCUACCUGCAAUCGCCUUCUCCGUUUCGCCAAGAACUGGUUAGUGCUCGAUCGAUCCAAUUCCAUACUCAUGGCUGCAUGAGCUAGCUGAGGUUGAAGACGAUGGAGGCCGCGCUCCUGAGCGGAUUCAUCAAGGCCAUCCUGCCGAGGCUCGUCUCCCUCGUCGACGACAAGCACAUGCUGCACAAGGGCGUCAAGGACGACGUCCGGUUCCUCCUCAAGGAGCUCCGCAUGAUCCUCGGCGCCAUCGACGACGACCUCUCCCUCGACCGCGGCGCCGCCGCCGCCGCCGCCGCCGUCCAGAGGCUGUCCGUGGAGGAGCUGCGGGAGCUGGCCCACGGCAUCGAGGACUGCGUCGACGGCGUCCUGUACCGCACCGCCAGGGAGCAGCAGCUCCCGUCGUCCCUGCUCCGCCGCACGGCACGGGUCCCCAGGAAGCUCCACGCCAACCUGCAGGUGGCGCAGGAGCUGCGGCGGCUGAGGAGGAUGGCGGAGGAGGCGAACCAGCGGAAGCAGAGGUACACGGCGAUCUCCUCCUCGGCUGCGGCGCAGGUGGAUGGGCCGUCCUCCUCCUGUGCGUCGGAUCCGCGCAUCCACGAGGCGGACCUGGUCGGCGUCGACGCGGACCGGGAGCAGCUCUUGGAGCAGCUGGCGGAGCGGCAGCCGGAGCAGCUCAAGGUGAUCGCCAUCGUCGGGUUCUGUGGCCUGGGGAAGACCGCCCUCGCGACGGAGGUGUACAACCGAGUGACCGGCGGCGGCGGGAGAUUCGAGAGGUACGCGUGGGUCUGCGCUGCCCAUCGGAGUGCACGGGAGGUGCUCGGAGAAUUGCUCAGCAAACUUGACACGGAGGGUCGUUCCUGCUCUGGUGGUGGGGUCUCUGAUGCCGGCCAGCUCACUGUAGGUAUCAAACAACAAUUGGAGAACAAGAGGUACCUCAUUGUUAUUGAUGAUAUUCAAACAGAAGAUCAGUGGAAAAACAUCAAAACGGCAUUCCCUGUUGAUAAGGGUAUUGGCAGCAGAAUACUGGUGACGACGACCAUCCAAUCAGUAGCUAAUGCCUGCUGUUCUGCUAACGGGUAUUUGCACAAAAUGAGCAGACUUGAUAAGAACUGCUCAAUGCAAUUGUUCUCAAAGAAAGCUUGCCCGGAGAGGUUUUCACACUAUAAGCAGCCAGAUUCAGCAGCAAUUUUGAAGAAAUGUGAUGGCCAGCCACUUGCUCUUGUCACCGUAGGAGAAUUUCUACAAGCAAAUGGCUGGCCAACAGGGCCUAACUGUGAAGAUGUUUGCAACCGGCUGCAUUAUCACCUGGAGAAUGACAAAACAUUUGAAAGGAUGCGACGUGUGUUGAUUCGUAACUACACCAGUCUACCUGGCCAUGCUCUCAAGGCCUGCUUACUAUAUUUUGGUAUGUUCCCAUGUGAUCAUCCUAUCAGGAGGAAAAGUCUGUUGAGGCGAUGGUUAGCUGAGGGAUUUGUAGAACCACUGUCUUCAUCUAGUAAUCUAGAUUCCACAGCUGCCUUUGAUUUGCUAAUGGACCGGAGCAUCAUUGAACCCAUCAAUGUAAGCAACAAUCAUAAAGUGAAGACAUGCCAAACUUAUGGUAUGAUGCGUGAAUUCAUAUUGCACAUGUCCAUCUCUCAGAACUUUGUCACCUUCUUUUGUGAUGAGAAGUUCCUGCGCAGAUAUGUUCGUCGGCUUUCUCUCCAUGGUGACACUGUUGUAGAUGAUAAUUUCAACAGUAUUGAUUUAUCACUUGUGCGGUCUCUGGCAGUCUUUGGGGAGGCAGGUAAAACUGUAUUAGACUUCAGCAAGUAUCAGUUGCUGCGAGUCUUGGAUCUUGAAAAAUGUGAUGAUUUGAAGGACGAUCAUCUCAAAGAAAUAUGCAAUCUGGUGCUUCUGAAAUAUUUGAGCCUUGGAAGCAAUAUCACCAAACUUCCAAAAGAUGUUGCCAAAUUGAAAGACUUGGAGGCCCUUGAUGUAAGGAGAACAAAAAUAAAGAUAAUGCCAGUUGAAGUCUUCCAGUUGCCAUCUCUAAUUCAUCUGCUUGGACAAUUUAAGUUCUCAGAUAAAGUUAAGCAGAAGACUGAAGUACAAGAAUUUCUCUUGAAAGGAAAAAGUAACUUGCAGACAAUAGCAGGAUUUGCUAGUAAUGGAAGCGAAGGGUUUCUGGGUCUUUUGAGUUAUAUGAAUAAAUUGAGAAAGUUGAAGAUUUGGUGUAAGUCGUCUGUGGGUAACACCAACUGGACUGAUCUUAGGGAGGCUAUUCAACAGUUCAUUCUGGAUGAAAAGGAAGCAAAUAUUGGUACUCGUUCCUUAUCACUUCAUUUCACUGGAUGCUCUGAAGACAUACUAGAUUCCUUAAAAGAACCCUGCUACCUCAGCUCGUUGAAAUUACAUGGGAACUUCCCCCAAUUGCCUCAGUUUGUUACAUCACUUCGUGGUCUCAAGGAGCUAUGCCUUUCGUCUACUAAAUUCACAACAGACAUUCUUGAAGCUUUGAGUAAUUUGAGAUACUUGCAGUAUCUCAAACUGAUUGCUGACGAACUUGAGCAGUUCACCAUAAAAGAUCAGGGGUUCUCCAGGCUGCUACGCCUUUGUAUUGUGCUGCAAUACCCAACAUUCCCAAUAAUUCAAGAAGGCGCCUUGCCAUUCCUUGUCACACUUCAGCUGCUCUGCAAAGAUCUGCAUGGCCUUUCUGACAUCAAAAUUCGAUGUUUUGAGCAUCUUCAGGAGGUAACUCUUGAUUCUAGAGUCAUUCCAGCAACAAGACGGGAAUGGGCUAAGGCCGCUAAGGAGCAUCCGAAUAGGCCAAAAGUAUUGCUUCUCAAAUCUGGUGAUACAGCAGGGGAGCAUGCAGACGAUUCUAUUGUACUAGAGUCAGCCCAAAGUGGGACUACAGAAAAUUCUAUUGUACCAGAUGGACCAGAACAAGUGACUAAUGUGAACAAUAGAAUGCAACUUGAAGAGGGAUUAGAAUCCUCUUGUGUGCUGAACAAACCAAACAAUUUUGCAGACCAAUUAAGCUCAAAAGAUCAACUGCGCUAUUCUUUCAACAAUAUGGGGCUUUCAGAUGACUCUCCUUCUGCAAGUGAUUUGCCUAAUGGCGUGGUAUCUUAUUGUACAUGACAAAGAUCUUGAAUCUUCAUGUAGUCUCUAGGGUGCAGACAUGGUAGCUGCUGCUCAAACAGAGGAGACGAACAGAUUUCUUCUUCAGGGAAUACAGGGGGGAUUAAUACUGGGUAAGCAGCAGCUGAAAUGAAGCAUCAACAUUACAACUUGGUAUUAGUUGACUUGACUCCAAUGUAAGAUGGAUGUGAAUAUGAUUGGUCUGGUGAUAUUGAUGAUGAUACAGACAAGCUGUUUAGGCAAUGGUCAAUGAUGAUACAGAGUUCAGUGCCCCUAACUAGAGAUGGCAAUGGGGACCCAUAACUCGAUACCCGAUGGGUUUUUACUCCAUUAGGUGGUGUUUAUAGUUUAAAUAUUGUAUCCACGGGUAUAUAAAUGGGUAAAAUGUGUACCCAUCGGGUGAGCCAGGUAUGGGUAUGUUUCCUCAUCACCCAUACCUGUUAAUCCGUGGAUAAAAAUUACCCAAACAGCAGAAUGGUGAUAUAUCGGUGAUAUUAAGAUGCACUGAUUGAGUGUUUGAACUUAUUCUCUAUGCUUGGUGUUAUUCUACAUGUUAACAUGGCCACAUGGGUGAUGAAACGAUGAGUUAUGCAUUGUUUGAAUCAGUACUCCUAUUGUUUUUGGA